CGACCGGCGCUCAAGAAGAUUACGCGGCGGGUCGCGUCACCGUGUCAACGGAUGAGAUCAUUGACAUGGCUGCACUCACCAUCAUCGCGGAGUCUCUUCCUACCGGGAACUGGGCAGCACUUGUGGAUCAAACGGUUCCAAGACUGUUCAUCGACUUGAGAAAGAAGUCUUCGUGGGCAGUUGGCGUGCGCUCCAGAUUCCUUGAACUUAGUGAGCACUUGAAUCCUGCAAGUGCACAGACGGAGCGGUUAAAAAUCAUCCAAUCAAACAGAUACGAUUGCGUGUCACGCUAUACGGGGACAGCAAUCGAAGAGAGAUUCGCUCGUAAGACUGGAAUGAAGAUCCUUGUUGAGGUGAAUGAGCAUGGAGUUCAUUUUUUCAAUGCUGCCAUGAAUGUGUGCUUGUACACUGCACCCCUCGAGGUCGUGCACUGCACUCCCGAAGGAGUGGUGAGAUUGGUAUUGAAUGUUGGAUCAACAUUUGAGGUCACCGGAGGCGAAGACAUUCGUCUCGCCUUCAUGGCCUCCAAAGGUGAUGGUGGUGGGGAAGAGAGAGAGGGCGCAGGUAAAGCCCUAUGGUUACUGUGUGAGUUGGAUGAGAAAAGGGAGUUGCUUUCUUCCCUAAAAAAACAGAAUCAAGAGCUGGAGGAGCGAAACAAAAAACUCAGCAACGAAUUAGUG